AUGGAUUCCAAGCAGUUUCGCGAAGCUGCUGUUGCUUCCAUAGACGAAAUCGUCAAGUACUACGACACCAUUGAAGAGCGUCCUGUGGUGUCUACAGUGGAGCCCGGAUACCUGAGGAAACUCUUGCCAGAUCAUGCGCCCGAGGACGGUGAAGCAUGGUCGGAUAUCCAAAAGGACGUCGAAUCCAAGAUUGUUCCAGGACUUACACACUGGCAAUCACCCAACUUCCUAGCAUGGUUUCCCUCCUCGUCCAGCUUCCCGGCAAUGCUGGGUGAAAUGUACUCGACUGCCUUUACUGGCGCGGCAUUCAACUGGAUUUGCUCCCCUGCUGUCACGGAGCUCGAGACUAUUGUCCUGGAUUGGCUUGCCAAGGCCUUUGCGCUGCCCGAGUGCUACCUGUCCAACGGCUCUACCCACGGCGGCGGUGUGAUCCACGGCACCGCGUCCGAGGCCAUUGCCACCGUCAUGGUCGCUGCCCGGGACAAGUACCUCCGCGAGACGACGCCCGGCCUGUCGGGAGAGGAGCUGGAAGACGCCAUCGCCAUCAAGCGCAGCAAGUUGGUGGCACUGGGCAGCGCCGCGACGCACAGCGCGACCAAAAAGGCAGCCAUGAUCACGGGCGUGCGAUACCGAUCAGUGCCAGUGCACGCCAAGGACGGAUACAAGCUGACGGGCGAGAGUCUGCAGGCCACCAUUGAGGAGCUCCGGGCCAAGGGCCUCGAACCUUUUUACCUGACGGCGACGCUGGGCACCACGGACACGUGCUCCACCGACGACUUUGACUCCAUCGCCGACGUGCUGGCCGAGCUGGCGCCGCCGGGACCCGGCGAGGUCUGGGUCCACGUCGACGCCGCCUACGCCGGGGUCGCCCUCGUGUGUCCCGAGUACCAGCACAUUGCCGCGCACCUGGACCGCUUCCACAGCUUCAACACCAACCUGCACAAGUGGCUCCUGACCAACUUUGACUGCAGCGUGCUGUGGGUGCGCCAGCGCAACUGGCUCAUCGAGGCCCUCAGCGUGACCCUCGCCAUUCUACGCAACGACUACACGGACUCUGGGCUUGUGACCGACUACCGCGACUGGCAGAUCCCCUUUGGUCGGCGCUUCCGCAGUCUCAAGGUCUGGUUCGUCAUCCGCUCCUACGGUAUCAAGGGUCUGCAGGCGCACAUCCGCAAGCACGUGGGCCUGGGCGAGAAGUUUGCCGAGCUAGUCAAGACGAGAAGCGAUCUCUUUGAAAUCGUGACGGGCCCGAGAUUCGCCCUCACGGUGUUCAAGCUCAAGGGCAAGGGCGACGUCACCACCUUGGAGGAACAGAAUGCUCUCACCAAGACGGCGCACGAUGCGGUCAACAAUGAGGGCAAGAUCUUCUUGUCCAGCACGGUCGUUGGAGGCGUCUUUGCCAUGAGACACUGCCCUGCAACGCCGUUUGUGGAAGAAGAGCACGUCGUGAAGCACUUUGAGGUGUUGGUUGCAGCAGCUGAAAAGGCACUGGCAUAG